UGGGGUUCUUCCACAUAGUCACUGCCCCCCUUUCCCAGCACACGAUUUCAGACACACAAACUUAGCAGCAGAGUGCGACACACUGAGAGAGCAAAUCCAAAUGGUUGACACAGGGGCUGAUCCCUGUACCAUGCUUUUCACUGCCUCAAGGGACCAUUUUUGAGCUUUGUGGGUCUGGAGGGGAAGGUGUUUUUAUAGGGGUUAGUGCUAGUUAGUUGUGGUGGAGAUGAACAGUGGUGGUGGUGGUGGUGGCGGUGGAGGUGGCGGUGGGAAUGGUGGGGCUGGGACUGUGGUGGGGACAGGAAUGGUGGCAGGGAUGAGGUCACCUUUUACAGUGUCACAAUGGCAGGAGCUGGAGCACCAGGCUUUGAUCUUCAAGUAUAUGAUGGCUGGUUUGCCUGUGCCACCUGAUCUUGUGUUCCCUAUUCAGAAAAGCUUUGAGUCCGUUUCUCAUAGGUUCUUCCACCACCCCACCAUGGGUUAUUGCUCCUUCCAUGGGAAGAAAGUGGAUCCGGAGCCGGGACGAUGCAGGAGGACUGAUGGCAAGAAGUGGAGGUGCUCCAAAGAUGCCUACCUGGACUCUAAGUACUGUGAGCGCCACAUGCACCGUGGCCGCAACCGUUCAAGAAAGCCUGUGGAAUCACAAACAUUGACACAGUCAUCAUCGUCUACUGUGACAUCACCGACUGUUACUGGAAGCAACAGUGGAAACGGGAGCUUCCAGAGCGUACCAUUGAGUGCCUUUGGUAAUCCCCAAGGUGCCAGUUCUGGAACCAACCAGUCCCAGUAUCAUCUGGACUCCAUCCCAUAUGGAAUCCCAAACAAAGAUUUCAGGUACCUUCAGGGACUUAAACCUGAGGUGGGCAGUGAGCAUAGUUUUUUCUCUGAUGCAUCGGGAAGUAAUAGGAAUCUCCAGAUGGACUCGCCUUUAGACAAUACAUGGCCUCUGUUGCCAUCCAGAGUCGCCUCAUUUCCCAUAUCAAAAUCGAGUGACAAUUCCAUGUUGCAGAAUGAUUAUCCCGAGCACUCUUUUUUCAAUAGUGGUUUUGCCUCCGGAGAGCCUGUGAAACAGGAGGGUCAGUCUCUUCGACCUUUCUUUGAUGAGUGGCCUAAAGCCAGGGACUCUUGGUCUGGUCUUGAGGAUGAGAGAUCCAACCAGACUUCAUUCUCCACGACAAAGCUCUCGAUAUCCAUUCCAAUGACCACUUCUGACUUCUCUGGAACGAGUUCUCAAUCCCCACAUGAUAACUGAGAGGAUCAUGGUUUGGAAUCUUCUGCAGCUGUACCAUUCAAGGCCAGACAAGUUGUAGCCAGUUGACCCGAGCAAUGCUCAAAGACUCCCUUGAAAAUUUUCAUUCUCCUUGGUAGCUCUAUGGUUGUGGGUUUUCUGCAAGGCUGUUUGUGUUAAACUACGUUUACAAGCUCAAGCUAUGAAUAAGAAAGAACUGCCCGGUAGUUGGGAAAUCCAGAACAUUGUGGUUGUGUUGAAUGAAACAGCAACAAUUCUUGUC